AUGACAUAUUUGGAAAAAUUAGCUUUAUAUGUUUAUGUUAAAGAUCGAUUUACAUUUGUUGAUGGUACUCAUCUACGUAAGGAAAUUAUUAUGCAUAUAUCGCAACUUCAUACAUUUAUUUUCUAUAUUAAUACUGAAAUUCUAAUUGAUCAAUCAGUUCUUCGUUUAUCUGAUGAUGAUAUAAAACAAACUUUUAAAAAUAUAGGUUAUUAUCAAAUAUCUUGUAUUGUUAACUAUUAUUGUUCAUUCAAAGCAAUGUGUCAUGGUUUUUUUUUUACUUCCAUUCGUAUUUGA